AUGGCAUCGCGGACAGCCCGCGCCUGCGUUCUCGGCGCGCUUGCGCUGUCGACCGCUGCCCUCGCCCAGAACUUCUCGUCGUCAUCUCCAGGCAUCGAUGCUCUCCGCGCGCAGCUCGCCUUGAUGGACGACAGGCCUAAGGACUGCCCACCAUGCUUCAACUGUCUUCUUCCCGCCUUCAGCUGUGCCCAAUAUGCCGACUGUAACUCGUUCAACGGACAAUGUUCCUGUCCUGCCGGCUUCGGUGGCGUGGACUGUAUCGAGCCUCUCUGCGGUUCCUUGGCCCGAGGCAACGAGCACCGACAAAUACGUGAAGGCAAGACCUGCGAAUGCGACGACGGCUGGGACGGUCUCAACUGCAACUUGUGUACUGACGAUAGGGCAUGUAAUGCCCUGAUGGAGACCGAAGAGGGUGGCGUCUGCUACCAGCUGGGCAACGUCUUGAAGAACAACUACCAGAUGUGCGACGUCACCAACGAGAAGAUUCGCGAUCUCCUGGGAGAACAAAUUCCUCAAGUCACUUUCACUUGUGAUGCCUCCGACGCUAGGUGUGACUUCCAGUUCUGGGUUGACAAGAGGGAAUCCUUCUACUGUACCUUGAACGAGUGCGACUCGGCCUACGAUUUCAGCGACUCCUCCCAGAACAAAACCUCGUACAGCUGCAAGACCGUCGAGUGUUCAUGUAUACCUGACCGGAUGCUCUGUGGUGAAAACGGCAGCGUUGAUAUCACCGACUUCCUCGACGAGGAGAUUAAGGGUCCCGGUGCGUUCAAGUGCACACAGAUCAAAGGCGGCGCCAACAAGUGCAGUUUUGAGGAGCCCGCCAUGAAUGAUCUGAUCAACCAAAUGUUUGGGGACUCCAGCAUCACCUUGACGUGCCGUUCUGGCGAAUGCGUGCACUUUUCCGAACUGCCCGACUACAAGCCACCCGUUCCCAAGAUCAACACGCCUCUGAUCGCUGGCGUCAUCGCCGGCUGUGCUCUGUUCCUCGUUGCUGUCAUCGUCCUCACCUGGUAUCUGUCCCGGCGCUCCUUCAAAUACGGGCCCAUUCAUCUUGACGACUCCGACGACGAAGGACUCAAGCUCAUGGCAGACCACAAGCCUGCAUCGCUGCAAUUUGAGGAAGUAUCGUAUACUCUGAAUGGCAAGCAGAUCUUGAACUCAAUUCGAGGCGUCGCGUAUCCCGGAGAGGUUACCGCUAUCAUGGGCGCAUCCGGUGCUGGAAAGACAACAUUUUUGGACAUCCUCGCACGCAAGAACAAACGAGGAACCGUCAACGGUGAUUACUACGUUAACGGCGAGAAAGUUACGGACGCGGAUUUCAAAGCUGUGGUUGGCUUCGUCGACCAGGAAGACACCAUGCUGCCGACACUGACGGUCCACGAAACUAUUCUGAACAGCGCCUUGCUGCGACUGCCCCGUGACAUGACCCGAGCCGCAAAGGAGCAAAGGGUCACCGAAGUCGAGAAGCAACUUGGUAUCUAUCAUAUCAAAGACUCUCUGAUUGGCUCUGAAGAAGGCAAAGGUCGUGGGAUUUCCGGUGGCGAGAAGCGCCGGGUCGGCAUUGCCUGUGAGCUGGUCACUAGCCCCUCCAUCCUCUUCCUCGAUGAGCCUACCAGUGGCCUUGAUGCAUAUAAUGCCUUCAAUGUCGUCGAAUGUCUUGUGACUCUGGCAAAAGACUUCAAGCGGACCGUCAUUUUCACCAUCCAUCAACCAAGAUCGAACAUCGUGGCCCUCUUUGACAGGCUCAUACUUCUCGCCCAGGGCAGAUCAGUCUACUCUGGCCCGUUUGCACAGUGCCAGGACUACUUCGAUCAUAUCGGAUAUCCUUGCCCUGCUGGUUUCAACAUUGCUGACUAUCUGGUCGACUUGACUAUGCACGCUGGCACAGCGACAACGUUUGAUGAUGGUGCCAUAUCAGUUGACGCGGCCAGUGUUGGGCCAAGCAGUGUGAGAGGCGUCAAGUCUAUCGCUAGUGUAUCGAAUGCCAGUAUCGGAGAAGACAGUGGUGCCGAAGCUUCAGCCUCCCGACCCAAGGGCAAACGCAGGGAUUCUGUCAAAGCCAGGCUGGAACGGGAGCUCUUCACACGCCGCCAGACCAAUGCCGACACUGCAGCUUCAUCCGACGGGGAAGGCGAGACUGGUGCUUACAAGCUUCACAAACAGCCCCCUGGUCAUGUUCCUUCUCAGAUCAUCGAAGAUCCCCAUGAUCUCCCACCUGCAGCGAUUGGCGGCACAAAUCUUGACAUCUUGGUAAACUCUUUCGCAGAGUCUGAUAUAUCCGGCACGACACAUGACGAGAUUCAGCAAGCAGUUGCCAGCGCCCAGAAUGCCAACGGCCGCAACGCCAAUGGCUACAGCGUGAACGGCUCAAACAUCUACACCAGCGUUGUUGGCAAAGGAUAUGCGCGCAUCGGGUACGGCCGACAAUUCAUCAUACUCUCGCAGCGAACGUGGAAGAACUUGUACCGCAAUCCACUCUUGAUGCUGACACAUUACGCCAUCGCCAUUCUCCUCGGCGUGCUCUCUGGUUAUCUUUUCUAUGGACUGACCUCAGACAUUCCUGGAUUCCAGAAUCGGCUGGGUCUAUUCUUCUUCGUGCUGGCCCUCUUCGGUUUCAGCACGCUGACCAGCUUGAAUGUGUUCUCUUCUGAGAGGCUACUGUUCACAAGAGAACGCGCAAACGGCUACUACUCCCCUGUCACCUACUUCGCCUCCAAAGUUCUCUUCGACAUUGUUCCGUUGCGAAUAAUCCCGCCUAUCUUGAUGGGAAUAAUUAUUUACCCAAUGACGGGAUUGCAGGCGGACGCGGCACACUUCUUCUUUUUCCUCCUUGUGUUGGUACUUUUCAAUCUCGCUGCCGCCGCCAUUUGUCUGUUCAUUGGUAUCGUGUGCAAGGACAGCAGCGUUGCAAAUCUGAUUGGCAGCUUAGUCAUGCUGUUCAGUUUGUUGUUCGCCGGUCUUCUUCUGAAUGCACAAAAGAUCCCGGACGGAGCCAAAUGGCUUCAGUGGUUGUCGAUCUUCCACUAUGCUUUCGAGUCGCUCAUUGUCAACGAGGUCAGCAAAUUGACGCUUGUCGACAAAAAGUACGGCUUGGACAUCACGGUACCUGGCGCCGCCAUUCUUAGCUCUUUCGGCUUCGACAACGGCGCUAUGUGGAAGGACGUCAUCUUUUUGGGUGCCUAUGGCGCUGGGUUUGUCGUGCUUGCAUACGCCGCCAUGCAUGUCCUGCUGGUGGAGAGGAGGUAA